AAGUGGGGGGUGUUGGUAAGGGGAGAGCAGGAACAAUCUAGUUUGGGAUUAGAGUUUGGACUUGGACAUUGAGUUUCGGCCCCUGAUAGAUUCAGAGAGAGACAAACUCAACUUCUUUACUCCCAGGGCCCUCUCCCCUCAGUUGUCCUGUUCAUCAACUCCCAAUUUCCCUCACCUAGAUAGUUAGCAAGAGGGGCACAUAUAUGUGGCCUCUGUUCCCAUCACCAUGAAGAAGACAUUGUGUUCCUGGUUCUGUGUUCUUCCCCUGUUCCUAGGACUUGUACCUACAGGUGUGAGUUCAGCACCAUCUGAACCUUCUACUACCCAACCAUGUCCUCUGGAAGGAAUAGAGAUCUUAGGUGGCUCUUUUAAACUCCUCAAGGAUGGACAAUUUCUGGAGUAUGUGUGCCCAUCUGGCUACUAUCCAUAUCCUGUGAAGGUGCGAAGUUGCAAGCCAUGGGGAUCUUGGAGUACCUUACAGACACAAAAUAAGAAGAUAGUUAAACAAGCUGAGUGCAAGGCAAUCCAAUGCCCAGGCCCUGAGGACUUUGAGAAUGGUGACUUCUGGCCACGAAAACGCUUCUACAAUAUAAGUGAUCAGAUCUUUUUCCAGUGCUAUGAUGGGUAUACCCUACGUGGCUCUGCCAAUCGGAUCUGCCAGUCUUCUGGCCGCUGGGAUGGAUUUACAGCUAUCUGUGAUGCGGGUGCGGGGCACUGCCAAGACCCUGGCAUCCCCAUUGGUACAAGGAAGGCAGGCAGACAAUACCGAAUGGAGGAUAGUGUCACCUACCACUGUGGCCAAGGGCUCACCUUACAGGGUUCCCAGAGGCGUACCUGCAUGGAGGAUGGAUCCUGGAGUGGCACAGAACCCUCUUGCCAAGACUCCUUCAUGUAUGAUACCUCAGAGGAGGUGUUUGCUGCCUUCAUCUCCUCCCUGACAGAGACAGUUGAAGGGGCUGAUGCAGAAGAUGGACACAGCCCAGGGGAGCAGCAGAAGCGGAAGAUUGUCUUGGACCCCUCAGGAUCCAUGAACAUGUACCUAGUGCUAGAUGCAUCAGAUAGCAUUGGCAAGAACAACUUCACAGGGGCCAAAAAGUGUCUUACCAGCCUCAUUGAAAAGGUGGCGAGUUACGGUGUGAAGCCACGGUAUGCAGUGGUGACCUACGCCACGGAGGCCAAAGCUGUGGUCAAACUGUCAGAUAAGCAAAGCAGUGAUGCAGACUGGGUCACCCAGCAGCUGGAAAAGAUCCAGUAUAAAGACCACGAAGCAAAGUCUGGGACGAACACAAAACGGGCGUUGACGCUGCUAUAUGAGAUGAUGAUCGCACAGGAGUCAUCCCAAAAUGACUAUAACUGGAAUCAAACACGCCAUGUAAUCGUGCUUAUGACUGAUGGAAAUUACAACAUGGGAGGGGACCCUGUGGCUGCUAUUGAGCAAAUCCGAGAGUUUCUGGAUAUUGGAAAGAACCGGAAAAACCCAAGGGAAAAUUAUCUGGAUGUCUAUGUGUUUGGGAUUGGGCCCCUGGUGGACCAGGAGAAGAUCAAUGCUUUGGCUUCAAAGAAGGAUGGGGAAAAGCAUGUGUUCAAGGUUAAGGACAUGGAAGACCUGGAGCGUGUCUUCUCCUUGAUGAUUGAUGAAAGCAAGACUCUGGGUCUGUGCGGGAUAGCAUGGGCACAUCAGAAAAGCGGACACUAUGAAAGACAACCCUGGCAUGCCACCAUCAAUAUAAUUCGGUCUACAGGAAAGGAGACCUGUAAGGGAGCUGUUGUGUCAGAAUACUUUCUGCUGACAGCUGCACACUGCUUUAAUGUGGGUGACCAGGCCCAUUCUAUCAAGGUUGACGCAGGAGGUGUGAAGAACAGGGAGGUGGACACUGUCUAUUUCCACCCUGAUUAUGACAUCAAUAAAAAAAAAGCUGAAGGGAUUCCUGAAUUCUAUGACUAUGACAUUGCCCUAGUCAAGCUCAAGAAGAAGUUCAUAUUCUCAAAAGAUCUCCGACCCAUCUGUCUUCCAUGCACAGAGGCAACGACACGUGCUUUGAGACUCCCAACAACAACGACGUGUCAACAACAGGAAAAAGAGCUGCUCCCUGAGAAGAAUGUCAAAGCCCUGUUUGUGUUUCAGGAUAAGAAUUUGAUACAGAAGGAAGUUUACAUAAAGAAUGGGGAGAUGAAAGAGAGCUGUGAGAGAGACGCCCUCAAGGCCCAAGGCUAUGAGAAGAUAAAGCAGGUCUCUGAUGUGGUAACACCCCGAUUCCUCUGCACUGGGGGAACAGAACCUAAUGUUGACCCCAACACCUGUAAAGGGGAUUCUGGCGGUCCACUUAUUAUUCACAAGAAAAGUCGCUUCAUUCAAGUAGGUGUGAUUAGCUGGGGUGUGGUAGAUGUCUGCAAGCACCCCAAAAGACUCGCUCCCUCCCAUGCCCGUGACUUCCACAUCAACCUCUUUCAAGUAUUGCCUUGGCUUCGGGAGAAACUGAAGGACGAGGAUCUAGGCUUCUUGUGAGACUUCCUAUUGGAAUGGAACAAAGGCAUGGGAAAUAGGUGUUGUCUGGGAAAAUUAAAACAAAGAACUGCAAUCA